CUUUGCUCUACCCAGCAGAUCUGACAGUAUUUAAAGUGGAGCUGUAUCCUCCACAUUUCUUUUCUAAGAGUUAGACUGGUUUGGAGAACUUCCCUGGAAUUCGAGACUGGCUGGAUAGAAGCAGUCACAAUCUAAGUCGGUUCCCAUCGUCAGUGACAAGUGCCUGACACUGGGGUUUUUAUCUGGCCGCCAAUCACAGUUCACAGCAGGAGGCUCUGAUUAGGAUGCUUUAGCAAUUCCUAGAGCCUCCCUAAACAUCACAUAAUCAAUUUGCUCUUUCAAGUCACACAUUUUCCGAUAAGACAAGAUUAGCUUAACCGCCACACCCCCCUCCCCCCCCCGCCAUCGUUUACAACGUUCCUGUUUGGGCCUCUAGUGGUUUGCACUUGAAUGGAUAAUCAAAUGGCCCUUUCGUCGGUGUCCUUAGAACCCUGCUCUUAUCUAUUGUUCACGUUACCUUCCCGUUAGCGAUUAUAGUAGCAGAGGGUUUAAUUCAUUACCUCUUCUACUUGUCUUUUACAGCAGCUUGCCGUAUGUCCUUGCACAGCUACAUCAGUUCGCGGGUGACCAGUGUAGUACAGGGACGUUCAAAGUGUUUCUAAGCCGAGGUGGUAGUGUCUGGAGGCUUGUGCACCUCCCGAACAUGGAAAAGAAGUUUCAGAAUGCCGAUAUUUAUGUGCAUCGGGGAACACUUUAUCACGAAGGUGUUAGAUAGCAAGACAACUUAUCAUGUGUGGCAGGUGGCAGAGUACACUCCUCUCGAUCCAGGAUAGAAAAAUGUUUGAAUUGAGCUCUAUCUAACAGUAGAUGAAAAAAAUAGAAUGAGGGUGGUCUGUCCUAGAGUCAGUGUGGUGUUGGUAUCGGGUGAUGUGACACACUUUCCUUUGGGGAUUUUUCCCUGGCAUCACACUUUUGACUCUGCUUUGGGAUGAAGAAUAGUCGGAAGACGCAGCACUGGUCGGAAACGAAGGAGUUAUUCCCGCUGCCGACGCUGGGUGGCAGUGUUGACCACGGAUCGGCAGCUUCCUCUCCCCGCCCCGGCUCUGCAGCACAGGCAGACAAAGACGAGCGAGCUGCUCUGGGGCGGCAGAAGGGCACGCAACGCCGCUCGGGCUGCACGGGGGGAACUGCAGAAGCGCUUCCUCUCCAUCCUCAACGAACACGGGUACGACCAGGACGCUGCUUGCAAAUGCUGGCAAGCAGGGAGGACACUGUCUGGCUUUUGUGGAGAGGAAUGGCGUGGAACGGGAGACGGAGCAGAGGCAGCCCCAGGCAAGUGAUCGUCUUCCUUCUGUGCGUUUGCGUGUGGCAGAGCGCGGCCGAAAGCCUCCGCUAUUCUCUGGCGGAGGAGAUGGAGAGGGACUCGUUUGUGGGUAAUAUCGCGCAGGACCUGGGGCUUGCUCCGAGCCAGCUGGCGGCUCGCAAGGCGCGCGUUGUGUCCGAGGGGAGCCAGCAGCUUUUCCGCCUGAACCCGAGCAGCGGAGUGCUGACGGCCAAGGAGUCUCUGGACCGAGAGGAGAUCUGUCCACAGAGAGAGACCUGCACCCUCUUCUUUAAGGUGUUUCUUGACAACCCGUUGGAGCUGAUCCGAGGGGAAGUGGAGCUUCUUGACGUGAAUGACAAUUCCCCUGUGUUCCCACAGGAGGAAAUGGUUUUAGAGAUUUCCGAAAUGACCUCUCCAGCGUCCCGUUUCCCUAUUGAAAGUGCCCGUGACAAGGACCCGGGCAGCAACGGCUUGCAGAAUUACAGCCUCGAAUCGAAUAUGCAUUUCUCCCUAGCUUUCGGAAACGGGAAAGGAGGAGGAAAAUAUCCAGAGCUUGUCCUAGAGAAGCAACUGGACCGAGAAGAGCAACCAGUGCUGAAUUUACUUCUGACAGCCACCGACGGAGGAUCCCCACCCAAGUCAGGCACGGCUCACAUCCGGAUCGUAGUGCUAGAUGCCAAUGACAACACCCCGACGUUCAGUCGAGAGACUUACGAAGUGCGCUUGGAAGAGAACAGCUCCCCGGGGCAGAUCGUGGCCAGAAUCGAGGCCACAGAUCCUGACGAAGGGUCCUACGGUAAAGUGCAGUACGCGUUCACCCAAACACUGGAGGGGUCUCAGCAGCUCUUCGACCUGAAUCCUGAUACAGGAGAGAUUCGGUUAGCAGGAAAACUGGACUUCGAGGAUGUACAAAAGCACGAGAUGAUGGUGAAAGCCACCGACGGCGGAGGGUUGUAUACUAACUGCAAAGUGCAGGUGCAGAUCUUGGACGUAAAUGACAACGCACCAGAGAUAGCGCUGAGCUCACACACUGCCUCCAUUCCCGAGGACGCUCCGCCACGCACCGUCGUGGCACUCUUCAGCGUGCGAGACCGGGACUCAGGUGACAACGGCAGAAUAGAGUGCACCAUCGAUGGGGACCUACCCUUUACCCUCACCCCCACUUUCGACAAUUACUACGAGCUGAGAACCAGCGCGGCACUGGACAGAGAGACGAGGGCAGAGUACAACAUCAGCAUCCGAGCGACGGACUGGGGCCAGCCGCGCCUGAGCGCCCACGAAAGCCUGUGGGUGCAGGUGGGGGACGUGAACGACAACGCCCCCGCCUUCAGCCAGGAGCUGUACAGCCUGUGGGUGACGGAGAACAACAGGCCGAUGGUGCGCAUCGGGCGCGUGCAGGCGAGCGACGCGGACGCGGGCAGCAACGCGCGCGUGCAGUACGCGCUGGUGCGCGGGGAGGGCGCGGAGCAGCCCGCGCUGUCGGUGAACGCGGAGAGCGGCGAGGUGUACGUGGUGCGGGCGCUGGACUACGAGCGGCUGCGCGCCUUGGAGGUGCGGGUGCGCGCCACGGACGGCGGCUGGCCGGCGCUGAGCGCGCAGGCGGUGCUGCGCGUGCUGGUGCGCGACGAGAACGACAACGCGCCGGUGGUGCUGCACCCGGGCGGCGAGAGCGGCGCGGGCGCGGGCGAGCUGGUGCCGCGCUGGGCGCCGGCGGGCUACCUGGUGGCCAAGGUGGUGGCGGUGGACGCGGACGCGGGCCAGAACGCCUGGCUGUCGUACGAGCUGGCCAAGGCCACGGAGCCGGGGCUCUUCCGCCUCGGGCCGCACAGCGGCGAGCUGCGCACGGCCAGGGCCGUGGCCGAGCGCGACGCGCCCCGACACAGCCUCGUCGUGCUCGUGCGAGACCGCGGCCAGCCGCCGCGCUCGGCCAGCGCCACCCUCGCCGUCGCCCUGCUCCGCGACUUCUCCGACGCCCACGCAAGCCUCGCCCACGACCCGCCGCCCCACGAGCCCGACCACACGCUCACGCUCUACCUCAUCGCCUGCCUGGCCUGCGUCUCCGCGCUCUGCCUGGCCACCGGCCUGGCCGCGCUGCUCACGAAGCUGCGGCGGGACCGGCGCAAGCGCGCCGAGCCCUUGCCCACCUUCCCCACGGCUGUGGCCGACAGCGACGCGGGCUCCCUUCCCCGCAGCCUGGUCUACGACGUCUGCUUGGCCACCGGCACCCUGAGCAGCGACUUUCACUUCCUGGGGCCUCUCUUGCCCUGCUUCUCGGCCGGCCUGCACCCCAGCAAUGCCGCUCAGCGGAGCUCGGUAAUCUCUCAAGAUGUUGCGAACGUCGGAGAAGAAGGCGACUCAGUUGCACAGGGCAGAGCUCCUGUCUCUGAAGACACCAAUUCCAGACAUGUUGAAGAAAAUCAACCUGCAAACAGGGGAAUGGAGUUAAAUGCCAGUUCUGACCAAAACCCUUGGCUCAGCCAUCAGUAAAUGAGGAGAAGGACAGCCUUGUCCGUCCUCACCAGCUGAUGUCCUAACUGGGAAAAGACAACAAAAAGACUAAACAUCCACUAAAAAAAAAAAAAAAAGAAGUCUCUGAAGAGGUAAAAUUCUUCUCAGAGCAAAAUCCCUCUCCUGUUGAGCACUGCACAUGUAGACAUUUUGUAAGUGUGACAUGGAUGGAGGAUCAGGACUGUGUUGCAUGCUAAUUACACUGAGACUUUGUUAUGAUUGAGUGUGCUACUGCUUCAGAACCUAAGCUUUCCCUACAUCUCCUUUUUGUGUGUGUAUUUUUUCCUAAGGAGGAGACUGUGUAGCUAUCUCUCAAUUGUCUGCAAUCUGGUCAGUACCAGGCAAACAGAUAUUCAGCAGAAUUCAGUGGUGCUUGCAAAGGAAUUUCUUAUCGACAGGCAAAAGCUGAUUGCAUUAGAAACGUUUGACAUUGGUUUACAGGGUCUCCUGAAUCUAAAGAGUGGGUUUUGAGCAACAUGUCCAUUUUUUUUUCCAUGUAAUGAAGUUGAAAUGAACAUUCAACUUAUUUUAUUUUAUUUUUAGUAUGAUCACAGAGAAUUGCAAACUGUGGGUUUGGGUUUGGUUUUGCAGUAAAAGUGGUUAUAAUGUUUUCUAUGAGCUUAAGGCACUGUAGACUAUAGGUCAUCAAGAAGUCUUCUUUCUUUUCAAUAACUGGUAGUGAUCUAUAUAGUGCUGUGAUAUUUGCUGUCAGUCACACACCUCUAAGUGUCAAAUAUCUGAUACAAGAAAUCAAUAAAACCUACUUGGAACUCCC